AUGGUGGUGCAGUGUGUCGCGGCGCUGUUGCUGCUACAGCCACUCCUGCGCACCCUAGAACAGCCGCAAUCCCUCGCCGUACUCCUCUACGGUAACAUCAGGCGGGAGCUGUACAUGGCGGGACACCGUAUCGUGCACUCGGAGCUGUGCCCGCGGCUCGGCGCGGGUCUGACGCUGCUGGUGCUGGUGACGUCAGCGCCGGAGCACACAGCCAAGCGUGCCGCCGUGCGCAAGACGUGGGGCAGCCUCGCGCGCCGUCGGGACAUCGUACUCGCCUUUGUUAUUGGGCAACCGCCGCAAAAAUACCAAAAGCGUCUAGCGCGCGAGGACGUGUUGUACGGCGACGUGAUCCAGGGUAACUGGGUGGACUCGUACUCCAACCUGACGCUGAAGGUGUUAUCCAUGCUGGAGUGGGCCGACACGUACUGCCCGCGCGCGCCGCGGGUGCUCAAAACCGACGACGAUGUGUUCCUCAAUUUACCGCGCCUGCUGAAUAUGCUCGCCGAGCCACAGCGCGCCAAAGCCACGCGCACUAUAUGGGGGGAGUUCAGAACGAUUUUUUUGCAACCGAAGCGCAAUAGGAAUUCGAAGUGGUAUCUCUCGAUGAUGCAGUACCCCUCAGCCAAGUUCCCCCCUUACAUGAACGGUCCCGGGUACGUGUUAACGGCGGACUGCGUGGGACCACUUCUAAAGACCGCGCUUCGCAGUCCGUACGUGCGGAUAGAAGAUGCCUUUAUCACCGGAGUGCUUGCUGAAGCACUAGGGUUCAAGCGGUUUUGGACAAGAGAGUUUAUAAGCAUCAGCAAGAGGACUGCUGCCAGGCAGCCGUGUGCAGUGAAGCGCGCCAUGCUUGUCCAUAGGGUGUCGCCUCGCAGGCAGUACCAAUUGUGGCGCCAGCUGCGGAACGCAACCGCCAACUGCUUGUAGUGUUGAUAAAAUUACGCUUUUCAAAGCGCGUCAGGCUUUCUACGGUGGGGACUG